AUGGCUGAUUUGGCUGCUUCAUUCCAAAAGCUAUCACUUGCUGAAGCUGAAAAAGCUGAUGCUUCAAAAUUCCCUUCAUUAAAUGAUGAACAAAAAGCUCUUGAAUCACAAUGGUUAACCCUUUCUAAAAGAUUCCCAGAAUCAAUUGAACAACUAAAUGAUUCCCUUAGAUCAUCAACUUUCAUCUUGGGUAAUGCUCCAUCCGCUGCUGAUGUGGUUGUUUUCUCAAGAACUUUACCAAUCGCUUCAAAAUGGACAUCAAAAGAUUAUGCUUCAUACCGUCAUAUAUUACGUUGGAUCGACUUGGUUCAAAACACUCUAGUUGAAGUUCCAGAAGAUUCAAAAUUGAAGAUUGAUUUCUCAGUUGAAGUUCCUCGUGAAAUAAAGGAAAAGAAAGAAAAGAAGGAUAAAGCUGCUCCAGCUGCUGCUGCCCCAGCUACAACUACUGAAGCUAAGGAAGGUGAAGGUAAAAAGGAAAAGAAACAAAAAGGUGGUAAACCAGAUGAAGAAACUUUAAAGAAAUUAAGAGAAGAAGCUGCUAAGGCUAAAAAAGAGAAAAAAGCUAAAGCUGCUGCUGAUCAAGCUGCUAAAGCCGCUGCUGAAGCUGUCCCACCAAACCCAUCUUUAAUCGAUUUCCGUAUUGGGUUCAUCCAAAAAGCUGUUAAACAUCCAGAUGCUGAUUCCUUAUAUGUCUCCACAAUUGAUGCUGGUGACGAAGAAGGUCCACGUACCGUUUGUUCAGGUCUUGUUAAACAUUUCCCAUUGGAAGCAUUACAAGAACGUUAUGUUGUCUUGGUUGCCAAUUUAAAACCAGUUACUAUGAGAGGUAUUAAAUCUACAGCUAUGGUUUUAUGUGGUUCUGAUGAUGAAAAAGUUGAAUUUGUUGAUCCUCCAGCAGGUGUUAAACCUGGUGAUAAAGUUUUCUUUGAAGGCUUUGAUGGUACCCCUGAAAAAGUUUUGAAUCCUAAAAAGAAAAUUUGGGAAGCUGUUCAACCUUCAUUCUCAACUAAUGAAGCUUUAGAAGUUAUCUAUAAACAAGAAGGUAAACCAGAAGCUAAAUUAACAAACAAAGAAGGCCAAUCAUUCAAAGUCAAAUCCAUUGUCAGUGCUAAUGUCCGUUAG